AUGCCUCGGAGCUCUGUAACAGCAACCAACUGUGAUUCCAUCUCAUUCUGUCUCGUUUUGUGUUGUUUUACCCUCUCACUUGGACAUGGUCUCUCGCCUGAAUGCCUGCCUCCCUCAUUUUCCCAUAACAUGCCCAGAGAAACAGAAUGGCAUCGGUCCUGGUUUGGGAUGAAAUUGCAGGUAGGCAAUGUUAGGGCUCAGGAAAGGAUUGUGCUGCUUCGCCCUACUUCCGGCCAACCAUGCCCUGUUUUCUGCUUGGACUCAUCUCAACCAUGA